GGGUCCCGCCCCUCGCCGCCAUUUUGUGAGUCUAUAUAACACGUAGCCGUUGAGUCCGCUCCUGCUAUUCCAGCGCGUCCAGCUCCGCUUCCCUUUCGGGUCGCCUUCGUGUGCCAUGGACGGCAUUGUCCAAGAUAUAACAGUUGGUACAAAGCGGGGAUCUGACGAACUUUUCUCUACUUGUGUCACUAACGGACCUUUUAUCAUGAGCAGCACCUCUGCUUCUGCAGGCAUGCUGCUAGGAUCACUACACAGGGUGCUUCUUGACAGCUGGGAACUGAAUGAUGCCUCUUUAUUCGGGGCCAACGGAAAUGACAGCAAAAAGUUCAAAGGCGACAGCAGAACUGCAGGAAUCCCCUCUCGAGUAAUCCACAUCCGCAAGCUGCCCAGUGACGUCACAGAAGCCGAAGUCAUUUCCUUGGGGCUACCUUUUGGCAAGGUCACUAACCUGCUGAUGUUGAAAGGGAAGAAUCAGGCUUUCAUAGAAAUGAACACGGAGGAAGCAGCCAACACCAUGGUUAGCUACUACACCACAGUAACUCCCGUCCUUCGGAGCCAGGCCAUUUACAUCCAGUUCUCCAAUCACAAAGAGCUGAAGACGGACAACUCUCCAAACCAGGCGCGCGCUCAGGCAGCCCUGCAAGCGGUGAACUCUGUGCAGUCUGGGAACCUCGCGCUGUCUGCCACCGCUGCAGCUGUGGAUGCUGGGAUGGCCAUGGCCGGGCAGAGCCCAGUCCUGAGGAUCAUUGUGGAAAACCUCUUCUAUCCUGUCACCCUGGAUGUCCUGCAUCAGAUUUUCUCCAAGUUUGGCACCGUGCUGAAAAUCAUCACCUUCACAAAGAACAACCAGUUCCAGGCGCUGUUGCAGUAUGCAGACCCGAUGAGCGCCCAGCACGCCAAACUGUCUCUCGACGGACAAAACAUCUACAACGCCUGCUGCACACUCCGCAUCGACUUCUCAAAGCUCACCAGCCUCAACGUGAAAUACAACAACGACAAGAGCAGGGACUAUACCCGGCCAGAUCUGCCUUCUGGAGACAGCCAGCCCUCUCUCGACCAGACCAUGGCAGCUGCUUUUGGUGCUCCAGGGAUCAUUUCUGCCUCUCCUUACACAGGGGCCGGCUUCCCGCCCGCUUUUGCGAUUCCUCAAGCUGCAGGCCUCUCAGUCCCCAAUGUACACGGAGCUCUAGCUCCUUUGGGUAUCCCUUCAGCAGCGGCCGCCGCAGCAGCCGCAGGGCGGAUUGCAAUUCCCGGCCUUUCCGGGGCUGGGAACUCCGUUCUGCUGGUUAGCAAUUUGAACGCCGAGAGAGUUACACCCCAAUGCCUCUUUAUUCUUUUCGGCGUGUAUGGUGAUGUGCAAAGAGUGAAGAUCUUGUUCAAUAAGAAAGAAAACGCCUUGGUUCAAAUGGCAGAUGGCAAUCAAGCCCAGCUGGCCAUGAGCCACCUCAAUGGUCAAAAGCUUCAUGGAAAGCCCAUCCGCAUCACUCUGUCAAAGCACCAGACAGUACAAUUGCCCCGCGAAGGGCAGGAAGACCAGGGGCUGACCAAGGACUACGGCAACUCUCCCCUCCACCGUUUCAAGAAGCCAGGCUCCAAGAACUUCCAGAACAUUUUCCCCCCUUCUGCCACCCUCCACCUCUCCAAUAUUCCGCCUUCGAUAAUUGAAGACGACCUCAAGCUGCUGUUCUCCAGUAACGGCGGGAUGGUGAAAGGCUUCAAAUUCUUCCAGAAAGACCGCAAGAUGGCUCUCAUCCAAAUGAGCUCCGUCGACGAGGCCAUCCAAUCGCUCAUCGACCUCCACAACCACGACCUGGGCGAAAACCACCACUUGCGCGUCUCCUUCUCGAAGUCCACCAUCUAGGCGGGGGUUUUCCGGAGGCGCCCGCGCGGCAGAAUAUGGACCCUGACUGAGAAAACAAAACAAAACAAAAAAGCCAGCGCCGUCGCCACCCUUCCUGGUGGCCUCGGCGUCCUUUUUCCCCAAGGGCUGGGCCACCGGCAUGGGGGUGGGACAACUUCCGUCAUUCCAGAAACAAAAUAAGAAGCCACUUUAAAGAGAGAGAGAUUGAGAUUGCAGCAGAAGUGACCUUAAAAAGACAACAGAUUUUAUUUUUUUAAAGAUGAAACAGUUUACCGGGUGUUCCUUUUUAUAAAAAGAGAAAUGCAAGUUCUUAAUUCACGUCGCUAUAACCUUUCUUGCAGUGAGUGGGGUUGACUAUAUAUAGAUUUGACCAAGAAAAAAACAAAACCAUAAACUUAGAAGUUUACAGUUCUUGGUUAAGAAGCCUCUCCGGGAGUUUCUCCCCCCCUUAAGAAAAUAACGAAAUCCCACCCAUUCCCCGAAAGCUGACCAGCUUCACAGCAAUGCCUUUUAUCUUGAGUCUGACCCUUUCUUAAAAUACAUUUUUCCCCUGAACACAGAUGCCUUCCUUUGUUGGGGGGGAGCCCUUUCCCCCCAAACCUUGCAUCAAGCGUCCUGUGCCUUAGAAGCUUUUUCUGUAAAAAUAAAAGGGGGGAGGGGACAGCAGCCAUUGGGGAAAUUCUUAAAAGUUGCCAAGGGGGGGGGGUGGCGGAUAAAGCCUUACCUUCCUCUAAUAUAUCUCUGCAUAAAACGUAACUUAACUCGCAGACUGAGUUGGGUUCCCUCCAGCCCGCAAAGUUCGCAAAAAUCGGGCCGAUAAUGUAUUUGUGCUUGAAUUGGGGGGGGCGUCCUUUGCCCCAUCAGUCAGCGUUUCAGCGAAAAGGGGGUUCCCCUUUUCGCAUUAAGUAUUCCCCAAGGCUGCGGAAACUGUAAAUUAGUUAAACCGGAGCAGCCAGCUUCUCCAAAUCUGUGUUCAGAAUCUUAAUUUGGGCCUCAUCCUAUGAAAGGGUUGGUUUCAGAUUCCUUUGUAACCUCGAUUUCACCCUUUAACCACCAGCAUAUAUCUCCGAUCUCAAACUAUUAGUAGUUUCAGCUUCUUGUUUUAACCCCUUUCUUACUAUAAUUUUGUUCUACGAUGCAGUCUUACCUUUGCCUAGCAAUAUUUCCAGUUGACCAAAUAUUCUAAUUAAUUCAUACGUAUAUAUCUAUAUAUGCAAAAUGCAAUAGCGUAAACUUUUUUUUAUAUAUAGAUGGUAUAAAUAUAUCUAAACCUGCUCUUUCUAUUACCCAUGUAUCCUGUACUCUUGUAAUUUUUUUUUCUUCGUUUGUAAGCUGGAAAAAAGAAACCCCAACUAGCACAUAAUUUUAGUUUUAUCGAGAUGAAGUCGUUUCCGAAGAUUAACGUUGUACUUUGAAGAAGUAUUUAAAGUAGCAAAUUCGAGAGAAGGAAAGGACACACAUUUAAAAGGAGUCAUCUUACUGUAAUAAUCCAAGCUUAUCUAUAUUAUUUAAAGAAAUGCAAAUUGCUUUCUUCCUCUGCACCAAGAUAGUACCUAAAAACACAAUUCUUCUGUGACCUCCAACUUUCCCGGGUUGAUAUAUUGCCUUCUUUAUAUUCCGAUGUUGCCUUACAUUUCCCUCUCGGCUCAUGUGAGAUUUUAAGAUAACCAGAAUCUUUGUACUUAAUAUCAGGGUUAUAGUUCCUCAAAUUGUGGACCAAAGUUGUUGUUCGUUUUUUUUUUUCUUUCUUUCUCUUCAACGUAUGUGGUGUUGUCUCUCAAGUCGCCCACGUCACCUGCUUCGCGGGAUCUAUUGGACGACUUGCUUUUUUUCCCUUUUGUCACUGUGGGUUUUGGAAAGGAAAGAAAAAAGUCUUAAAUCUUCUUUUUUUAAAAUAAUCUAUAUAUCCAUCCCAGUAUCACGGGGAUGCAAUCUAUGCUGGAGGUGUGUAUGGAUGUCUUUUUGAGUCAGGAUUUGUCCUUGGGUCGCCCACGUAAAGGGGGGGGAGAGCCUCUCGGCCGGCAGUCCUCCCCGUGCCUCGCAAUAACGCCAUCCGCGGAAAAGAAUCUUGCGCCAGCGGCGAGGGCCAAUCUGAAGCCGUCGGGCGGCCCUCGCUUUCUCGGCUGACCCUGUGCACAUCGCCUUCUGCCUUUUGUGCAUGUUUUCUUGGAAGAGGCAGGGGGCCGUGGGAUUUGGCGGGCGGCCGUCUCCCCUGCCUGCUUGCCCCCCGAUCCGUAGCUGGCAUCGAGGGCGCAGGUCGGCCUUCCCAGCAAGGUCAGCGCCACUCUCCGGGUUGAGAAACGUAGCGCCACCCCCUUCCUUCACCCGGCCCUAAAGGCAAUAGCCUCCGGAGGGGGAAGAGGGGUCUGGGGUGGGGCGGCUCAUUCAGCGCGACGUGGAGGUCCGUCGCUGCGUGCCCCCCACGCCAGUUGAUUUAGGAAGAAGGGGGCCACUGUUGGACCACGCGGUGAGUUACCCCCCCCCCAGCGGCGCCCAGUAAAAGUACCACUUUAAAUGCUAACCUUGGUUAAUAACGGUCUCCGAGCGCCGUUUUUAUGUUUUAAAAAGCGUGCUUUGCGUCUUGGGGGGGGGGGCCGCUCGGACAUCACAACCCCUCUCCCCCUGCUGACGUGUUUUUUCUUUUUUCGGAAUAGCUUGAGAAUCAGUCAGCAAACCUUUGAGGACUUCUAUAUCCGCGUGUGUUGAGUUGGUAUGUUUUCAGACUCACACAGGCGUAUAGCAGUUUAAUUGGGUUGCGGGGGGGAGAAGGGAGUUUCAUCUUUCCUUUUUUUCCCCUGGUUUCCCUCCCCCCCCCUUUCUCCUUUUCGAUCCUGUGUUUUUUUGCAUGUAAAUGUGAGUAAUGAGGAAAAAAAGGUGUAAAUAUUUAUAAUUUUUUAUACCUGUUGUAAGACAUGAGGGGGCAGCAGAACCCACGUUUUUUGGUAAAACAUGUAUUGUAUAUUUUGAUAACCAGCUUAUUACAGGUUCAGUAUUGGGGGCUGGGGAGGGCUUGCCAUUCGUGUCAGAAAUUCCAUCGCCUGGCUCACGAGGGGGGAAAAAUGUAAUGCAAAAAAAGAAAACAAAAAAAGAAAUUAAAACUAUUCUAUACUGAACGUAGUAGUUUUUCUUCUGUAGCCCAUUACUUAUUUUUCUUGUUUGGAUUGUAGAAAGCAGUCGAUUGGCUUAUCUGUACUUCUUUUUAUUUUGGCUCUCAAUAAAUGUCUUCUGUAUUCUUUG